GGAAGUAUUUAAGUGAUGCACCAGCAAGCUCUGCGGCCGCCAUAUUCACCGCUUGGUGUUUUUUUACUGCCGCCCGGUUCGGUUCCUUCACCCGGGGAGGGAGUGCCGGGCGGAUUCCAGUCGGAGCGUCGUUCGGCUGCUCGACCAGGAGCUGGAGGCCCGUUCGGAAGGAGCUGGACGGCUUUCAUGACGAGAUAUUCAAAUUCUACCGGCGGACUGAAGGAUAGCCAUUGUAACACCUCUCUACAGGAAGGGAGAGAAGGAUAAACCAGAUGAGCAGCAACAGUAACAAACGAGCUCCAACAACAGCAACGCAGAGACUUAAACAGGACUAUCUUCGAAUAAAGAAAGACCCAGUGCCUUAUAUCUGUGCUGAACCUCUCCCAUCUAAUAUUCUUGAAUGGCAUUAUGUGGUACGAGGCCCUGAGAAAACACCGUAUGAGGGUGGUCUUUAUCAUGGGAAGCUAGUUUUCCCAAGAGAAUUUCCAUUCAAACCACCUAGUAUUUAUAUGAUUACACCUAAUGGAAGAUUCAAGUGUAAUACCCGGUUAUGUCUUUCAAUCACUGAUUUCCAUCCAGAUACUUGGAACCCAGCCUGGUCUGUUUCCACAAUCCUGACGGGUCUCCUUAGCUUCAUGGUGGAGAAAGGCCCUACACUGGGCAGUAUCGAAACUUCAGAAUAUACAAAAAGACAACUUGCUGCCCAGAGCAGUGCCUUUAAUCUAAAGGAUAAAGUGUUUUGUGAGCUCUUCCCAGACUUAGUGGAGGAAAUAAAAGAAAAGCAACGGGCACAAGAACUAAGUAACAGAGCGCAGGCUCUGCCUUUACCUGAUGUUAUCCCUGAUGGAGAAAUGCACCAGAAUGGUAUGCCACUUCUUAAUGGGCAUGCAGUACUACCAGCUGCCAACCAUCAAGGCCUUCAACAGGCCAACCGAAACCAUGGACUCCUAGGGGGAGCUUUAGCAAACUUGUUCGUCAUUGUUGGUUUUGCAGCAUUUGCCUACACAGUGAAAUAUGUGUUACGAAGCAUAGCACAAGAAUAAAGCUGGCGAUGUGACCAAACUUGCAAGCAAAUCUAUCCCCUUUUGGGGAAACUUUGCAGAAGAGGAAAGACUAAGACUGCGCUAGAGUGAUGUAAUUAAAAUUACAUUUGUAUAUGUACAAAAUAUGACCAACCAGAGCCUGUGGUUUUCUUUCAAGUGAAUGGAUCAAUGAAGCUAACAAAUAAUUCAAGAAUAUGCAGAAGGUUCGGAUUUACUGCGCUGGUCAUGUGUACUUUACAGUGGGUGACCAAUAGUAUGCCUCUAAUUAUGAUUGUCAAACUAGCAUUAUUUUGAAAAGGGGCAUGUUUUGCAGCGACAUUUUCAGAUUUUAAUUGUUUACUUCAAUGAUUAAAGAUAUCUACCCCAGCGUAAAUGACUUUUUAAUGUAUUUAUAUUACUGUUGUAUUUAGACUAUACUGGAAGUAUUUCUGGGAUAAUACAAUAUAAAAAGUGAAUGCUGAGCAAAGUAAAACUGGGUAUGAACUUAAGUAGUUUUAAAAUAGUUACUUUUUAUUUUAAUAAAAUGAUGAAAGGCAAUUGUGGUCGUCCAGUGCAAAAUAAGUGGCCGCCUGAGAGAUCAAGACCUUAUGCACAUUCCUACAAGCAAAUUAGAAGCUUUUCUUCAUUAAGUUUAAUGGAUAAUCCUUCCCUAAACUGUCAGGGAAGCCAUCAUUUUUGUAAUUGAUUUCCUGAAAUGCUCAAUGCACUAUUUGUGUUGCUGAAAAUGAUGCUGUAAUGGAAAUAAUUAUUUAAUCAGUUAUUUCUGGAAGAUAGUUAUGUUUUUUCCUCACUACACCACCUUUGGAAUUUAGCAAUACAGUUUUUCAAAACAACCUGCACAGAAUUUUUACUGGGCUUAAUAUUUAGAGAUUUAAUUGCAAUUUACUAGUUUAAUGAGACAAGCCUUUGAAAUGUCUUGUUCCAUUUUCAUGAGUGGCAUUAGAUGUUAAAAUAGGAUAUUUGGAAUUUUAAAUUUCAUCUCUAGCAAGCAAUAGAAAUUAGAUUAGAUUUUUCACUUGGUUGAAGAACAGUGCAAUUUUGUCAAAUUCAUGUAAUCCCCUGGAUAUUGAUAUAUACCUGUCCUACUCUGCUCUAUUGAGCAGGUUAUGCAUAAUUGCAGCAACCAUGUUAUAAAUGACGACUAAUUAAAAUUACAGAAUAUAUUAGUGGUAUCAUUUGUCUUUAAUACGUAGAGACCCGAAGAGAGCCUAAAAAUCUUCCAGAAAUCAUAGUUAAUUUCCUAACAAGAUUGGUGUUAUUGUAAGUGUAAAGUCCAUGAUUUUAUUCUGAAAGUAUCGAGUAGGGAAAUGUUUGUCAUAUAAAGUUUCUAUGGUUCUACCUUAUAAUGUGCAAAAUAUCUGUCAAGUCUUUGGAAAGUGUUUUUUGAAAGCUGCUCUGGAAUUGAGAAAGUGUUGGUGACUAUAUUUUGGAAUUAUUGAAACAGAACAAUAGAAAGAUGGUGCAAGUUAAUUAAACUGACAAGCAUACUUUGCAAGGCCUCUACCUAAUUCAUACAACUAUUAAUAUGAAUUUAUGGAUAUUUUCCUUUUAAAGCUAAAAGCCCCCAACAUAAAUAUCUAGAAAUCAUUAAUGAGCCUUGCCAGGAAAGAUCUAUAUAGAACUUCAAAAAAAAAAGUUGACUUCAGUAUAUGGUAGGUUUAUGUUCUGAUCUGUGUUUCAGUUUGUAAAAUCAAUAAAUUCUUUUAUCACACAAAACUAUAAAUGCAACUGUUCCAU